GAGUUUGCCUCCGUGGGGAUGAUGAGGGUCUUGAUGAGGAUGAUUACCGGAGCCCUGUGACACAAAAGAACUGCAGUGAUGGCCUCAAGGGUCACCUGGCAUGGUCAACGGCCGAAAUGCAGGGCUGGCGCGACUCCAUGGAAGAUGCGCACUUGACGGUGGCGUCUCUAUCUGAAGCCGUGUCCGAGGGAACGAUUGACGGUGGCUGGUCCAACGUGAGCCUUUUCGGAGUCUUUGAUGGCCAUGGCGGUUUUCAGGUGGCCAAAUUCUGUGAGCGUCAUUUGCCGAGAGCCAUCGCAUCUAGGCCAAGUUCCAACAUUGGUGCAGCAAUGGCUGAAGCAGCGGGAAGCACAGAUCUUCAGUUCAAGCUUGCAGCAAAAGAGGGUUUCUGCAAAACAGGGUGA